UCUCGCCUCUUGCCAAAGGAUUCUCUUUUCUCGGUGCUCCCGCUGCCUGCUGCCGCCUCUUGCGUCUGCCCACCCGUCGCAUCCUCAUCUCCCCUCCCCCUCCCUCCGUGCACCACCGGUCGUUGCUUCGCCAUGUCCGCCAUCAGCACAGCGGACGGUUUGAGAAAGCGGCACGAGAUCCCGUCCAAAUCCUUGGAUCCGACCAUCGUCUCCGAUGCAUCCUUCGAUGAUGUCUCGGGCAAAUCCAAGUCCGCAAAGGCCGUCAGGACUGCUGCCCAAGACCCAGAUGCCUUGGCCACGACGCUGGACCACACUGUUGGUGUUAUCUUGACCGUCCUCGCCUUUUUCACCCGUAUCUACAACAUCGGCUGGGCCAACUUUGUCGUUUGGGAUGAAGCUCAUUUUGGAAAGUUUGCAUCGUUUUACUUGAAACGAGAGUUUUACUUUGAUGUGCACCCGCCCCUCGGCAAGAUCCUUCUCGGGUUCUCGGGCAUCCUCGCCCGAUACAACGGAAGCUUUGCCUUUGAAUCUGGAGGCCACUAUCCCGAGGGCAUGAACUACACCACCAUGCGAAUCUUUGCCGCCGUCUUUGGUGCCUUGAUGGUUCCGGCGGCGUACUACACCGGCAUCCAGCUGCGACUCUCCAAGCCCGCAGCCAUCCUCUUGGGCACAAUGGUCCUGCUUGACACCUCGUAUAUCGCCAUUACCCGUUUCAUCCUCCUCGACUCGAUGCUGCUGUUCUUCACCUGCCUCAGCGCCUACUGCCUGGUUACCUUCCGAAACUACCAGAAGUUCUCCCCGUUUUCUGCAAAGUGGUACUUUUGGCUCUUUGCCACAGGCUUCUCCCUCGGCUGUGUUGUCAGCGUCAAAUGGGUUGGCCUUUUCGCGAUCGCCCUGAUUGGCCUGCACACUGUCGACGAUCUUUGGGAUAUGUGGGGGGACCGCAAGCUGCCCCUCACAAAGUACGCCAAGCACUGGGCUGCGCGCAUCGUCUUCCUCAUCGUCGUCCCGAUCUCGAUCUACAUAUUCUCGUUCUGGCUUCACUUUACGAUCCUGAACCACAGCGGUGACGGAGAUGCCCAGAUGAGCUCUCUGUUCCAAGCUGGCCUUGAGGGCACCGAUUUCCACCUCAACCCCAUCGAGGUUGUUUAUGGCUCCAAAGUCACCCUGAAGAACAACGCCCACGGCGGUGGCUUGCUGCAUUCGCACGUCCAAAAGUUCCCCACUGGCUCGGAGCAGCAGCAGGUCACUUGCUACCACCACAAAGACGACAACAACAACUGGAUCAUUGACUACGCUUGGGGCGCCCCCCAGGUUGAUCCCGACACCAUUGUCCCGAUCAAGGAUGGCGACAUUGUUCGUCUCGUGCACGACAUGACCAAGCGCAACCUCCACAGCCACAUCGAGAAGGCCCCGGUCACUACCACCGAUAACGAAGUCAGCUGCUACGGCAAUAGCACUGUCGGCGAUGCCAAUGACCACUGGAAGGUCGAAAUCGUGGAUGAUGUCGCCAUUCGCGGAUUGAAGCAAAUCCAUUCCCUGACCACCCGCUUCCGCCUCCGCCAUGUCAACACGGGCUGCUUGUUGCGCUCCAGCGGCGUGACUCUGCCCGAUUGGGGUUUCAAGCAGGCCGAGGUGGUAUGUGCCAAGAAAAAUGAUCUCAAGAGCAGCGCCAACAUUUGGAACAUUGAGAAGCAUGUCAACGAUAAACUGCCCGCUGGACAAAAGGGCGCCUACAAGUCGCGCUUCUUCAAGGACUUUAUUGACCUGAACGUCGCCAUGUGGACCUCCAACAACGCCCUGACCCCCGAUCCCGACAACGAGGACGACAACCUUGUCUCGCAUCCUUAUCAGUGGCCGUUUGGACUGGUGGGUCUGAGAAUGUGUGGCUGGGGCCCCAACGACAUCAAGUUCUACCUUCUCGGCCACCCCCUCAUUUGGUGGGGAUCGACCGUCAGCUUGGCUGUGUUUGGCGGACUGGUCGCUGUCUAUCUGAUCCGCUACCAGAGAAAGUUUGAAGACUGGAAGACCUUUGAGGACUGGGACAACUUUUACUUUGCAUCCAAGGUUGCCUUCUUUGGCUGGUUCCUGCACUAUCUGCCCUUCUAUAUCAUGGGCAGAGUCAUGUAUCUCCACCACUACUUCCCGGCAGUUUACUUUGCCAUGAUCAUGCUGGCGCUUAUGCUGGACCAUCUUGGUCAGAAGCUCGGCUCGACGCUCCACCGCGCCAUUAUCCUCGGUGCUGGCGUUGCUAUUGUCCUGGCCUUCUGGCACUUUGCCCCGUUCGCCUUUGGCUUCAACGACGAUGCGAGCAACUACGCUUCUCGCCGCUGGCUCAAGUCCUGGAAGGUUUACGGCGACGAAUAAAAGGCCCCCCUCUGCAGGGCUGGUCUCAGGACAGCCUCGUUGCUGUCUGGUCCCAGUUGAU